CUACGAAAGGCACUCACUGCAAACCUGAUAAGAUGGCUCAUCUCUGCCGUCUUCGUCAUCGCCAUCUACGUCGUCCUCUGGCAUUACUCUAACAAAGAUGUCAUGUCAGGCGAGACCAAGCGCGAGUUCAACGCUCUCGUCGUCGGGCUUUCUCUUGGACUUGGCCUGAGCAUCACGUUUUCCCUCGAGGCUAUGGCAAAGGAGAUUCGGUGGUGGAUUCUAAGUCUUCGUGGAUGGCCGGAUCGAGAGGCCGGGUUGAUCCUCAAGGCCAAGGAUCUCAAUCGCAUCGUCCAGCUCAUAUGGGUCUCUCGCUCUUGUACUGACUCUUACCGUCAGGUCUCCCAAAUCGCCCUGGCAACUCUGGGUCUGGCAUAUUCGACCAACCCAGCAGACUCCUUUGCCAUUCUGAAACCAGGCAAUGUCACAAUCCCGGACCUGUCGGACCUAGACACAGAAAGAGUUCUCGCAUCCAGCUCACAGGGGCUAAGCGCUCUUCGGUAUACAGCAAAUAGCUACGGCUCUAUAGCCCUCGCAUGGGUCUGGGGCACCAUGGAUGAUAUCCCUUUUCCAGGCACUCUCUGGGACAACAACGACCCCUUGAUUUACUGUGGAGGGGCGUCAUGCAAAUUCAUCUUCCAAGAGUCCACGCGGAGCCGAAAGAAAUACGACCUCGUCGUGAGCACAAACCGUAGUGUCGAGGUCACAGGACGCUGUCGCAGCUGGAAAGUCACUAGAGGUGCCAGGGGAAACGAGUCAACCAUCACUAUUGCCGACAACAAGAACUCCAGGGUCGAGCUCAUGGCGGUGAAUGGCAUUGACCAGACCACGUUCAUGUUUGAUGCGACUGCAGCCCAAGGCUCAACCUGGAGCGAAGUCACAGCCUUCGAGGCAUCAACUUCUAACUCAUGGUACUACCGCUGCAACAUUAGCUUCGGCCCCGUGAUCAACGCCGCUCGCAAGGAGCAUCAGAUGGGCGUCAACAUCACAUCCCUCGCUUCAUCAGCCAUCGCCCUGCAAGGCUACGGAGCUUCUUCCCUAGGAUCGAGUAACAGUAGCCAGCAGUUCCAGAGCUACCCAGCCGAGUCGACAUACGGCAACCCCCAGAACGGCAGUGCAGAAGGUAUGGGUAAGCUGACGGCAGCCUUUGCAGCUGGAACCGUGGCGGUUGCGGCGCAGGCAAACGAUCAGGUCGUGGUGCCGGGGCUUCGGCCGCAGACAGGCGUCAUUUUGGACGUUCCCAAGUGGAGGAAUGUGCAUCUGAUACUGGGGUUAACGCUUGGCAUCCAGCUUGUCUUGGGUGUA